AAUUGGGAGCUGGGAUGGGGGCGGAGCCUCGUGGCCGCCGCUUAAAGAAACUUGUUGCGGGUCGCCCCGCGGGGACUGAGCUUCAGCUGCGGCGGCGGCGGCGGCGGCGGCGGCGACAGGAGGGCCGGGGUCCGGCGGCGGCGGGACACAGGUCGGGCCUCUGUGCAGCGACCUCGGGUCCCGGAGCGGCUGCAGCGCAGCCGGGCAUCGGACCCGGUGCGCGUCCCCGGUGCGCGCUUCUCCGAGCUCGGCCCUGAUGCUGGACAUGAGCGAGGCCCGCGCCCAGCCGCCCUGCAGCCCGUCUGGCACUGCCAGCUCCAUGUCGCACGUGGAGGACUCGGACUCGGACGCGCCGCCGUCGCCCGCCGGCUCUGAGAGUCUGGGCCGUGCGGCGGGCGCGGGGGGCGGCGGCCGGAGCGACGCGACGGAGGCGGCGGACGAGCGUUUCCCCGCUUGUAUCCGCGACGCCGUGUCGCAGGUGCUCAAGGGCUACGACUGGAGCCUGGUGCCCAUGCCCGUGCGCGGUGGCGGCGGCGGCGCGCUCAAGGCCAAGCCGCACGUGAAGCGGCCCAUGAACGCCUUCAUGGUGUGGGCGCAGGCGGCGCGCCGCAAGCUGGCCGAUCAGUACCCGCACCUGCACAACGCUGAGCUCAGCAAGACACUGGGAAAGCUGUGGCGCUUGCUGAGCGAGAGUGAGAAGCGCCCCUUCGUGGAGGAGGCAGAGCGGCUUCGAGUCCAGCACAAGAAGGACCACCCAGACUACAAGUACCAGCCACGCCGGAGGAAGAGCGUGAAGGCUGGCCAGAGCGACUCGGACUCGGGCGCCGAGCUGGGCCACCACCCAGGCAGUGCAGUGUACAAGACGGACGCCGGCCUCGGGGACGUGCACCACCACGGUGACCACACAGGGCAGACCCACGGGCCCCCCACCCCGCCCACCACCCCCAAGACGGACCUGCACCACGGGAGCAAGCAGGAGCUGAAGCUGGAAGGCCGCCGCCUGGUGGACAGCGGCCGCCAGAACAUCGACUUCAGCAACGUGGACAUCUCGGAGCUGAGCAGCGAGGUCAUCGGGAACAUGGACACCUUCGACGUGCACGAGUUCGACCAGUACCUGCCCCUCAACGGCCACUUGGCCCUGCCCGCAGAGCCGGGCCAGCCCGCGGCCGCCGGCUCCUACGGGGGCACCUCCUACGCGCACGCCGGGGCGGCCGGCCUCGGGGCGUCGCCCGUGUGGGCCCCCAAGGGCGCCCAGUCGGCCUCGGCGUCGCCCACCGAGGCUGGCCCCCCGCGGCCGCACAUCAAGACGGAGCAGCUGAGCCCCAGCCACUACGGCGACCAGGCGCACGGCUCCCCGGGGCGUGCCGACUACGCCUCCUACAGCGCUCAGGCCAGCGUGACCACGGCCGCCCCCGCCGCGGCCGCCGCCUCCUUCACCAGCUCGCAGUGCGACUACACCGACCUGCAGACCCCCAACUACUACAGCCCGUACCCCGGCUACCCGUCCGGCCUCUACCAGUACCCCUACUUCCACUCGCCCCGCCGGCCCUACGCCUCCCCCCUGCUCGGCGGCCUUUCCGUGCCGCCCGCCCACAGCCCCCCCAGCAACUGGGACCAGCCCGUGUACACCACGCUGACCAGACCCUGAGGGCGCGGCCGCGGGGGGCGACGCGGCCACGGGCCAAGCCGGAGCCUCCGAGGGCUUCCAGGAGGGGCGCGCGCGCGCACGCGGGGCGAGAGGGGUGCAGCCCGCGGCUGCGACCAGUGCCGGCUGCGACCAGUGCCUGCGCCGCGCUUUGUGCAGGACCCCCCUCCGCGGCCAGAUUUCCCACCUCGGCCCGGACAAAGCCCUCCGUCCUCCUCUCUGUCUUGCCCCUCGGCUGCCCCGCUUCCCAGCAGACGCCAGCAUCUGGGCUUUGCCUCUCGGUGGCUGCAAAGCGGCAGCCUCAGCACAAAGGACAAAAGGAGGGAAGAGGCCGGCGGGCUCCGGGCCGCCGAGCUCCAGGCCCCGGCCGGCCUUGGCGCCGAGAACCCCCCCAGGACCAACGGAGGAGUCUCCCCAGCGAGUGGGCCCCCACGGCCCGGCAGGGUUGCGUCUGUUGGCCCGAGCCCCUCUUGGGACCGGCCCUGGGACCUAGGACCUGGGUGUUCCUUGUAGUGAGGGUUCUUCCGAGCAAGGUUUGGCUGCGAUUAACACUUCUCUCUUCUUAUUUUAUUUUUUUAAUUUUUAUUUUUGAAGCUUCACAGUGUUUGAUUUGUUUUGAGAGCUGUUAAAAAAUGUAUUUAUGUUCUGUAUUAUUUUAUCUUUAAUUAAUGAAGUAAUCCGUGCGGAGAGCAGUAGACUUUCAGACAAAACGGAAGCUGGAGA